CCGCCUCCCUCCACCGACACCGAGCACUUCGGCCGGUCUGCCAGUCAGUCACAGCUCGCGAGCUUUUCCUCUUACGAGGGUCACGUCCUUCGUCCACUCGAAAAAAAGUUUAUCUGUGCCCAAAACGCGAUUAUAUCUCGGGGUGCCUGUGAUUGACGUUUAUUCCAAUCUUUCCAUCCUAGGAAAAGGUUCAAGGGUGUAUACUCAUCUGCAGGACUGUUUCGAACAAGCAUAGGAUAUUUACAACGUAUUCAACCUACAGUGGAGUGAGAUGGUGUGAAGUGUAAGAUGACGCUGACCUAAGAUGGGCCGUCAUGCCACGCAAAGUGAGGACACGAGCGGCCCUCAAGCCGAUCAACUUGGCAUUGGUUCUGCUUUUCACUCUUCUUCAUCGGCCGGUGAGCUCGGAAAAGGGCCAGACAAAUUCAGAGUUCGUCAAAGGAAAAAUCUGCAUCGGGACGAACGGUCGUAUGUCAGUGCCGUCAAACAGGGAACACCACUACAGAAAUCUAAGAGACAGGUACACAAACUGCACCUACGUAGACGGCAAUUUGGAGCUGACAUGGCUUCAGGACGAGAAUCUGGACCUCAGCUUUGUCCAGUACAUACGGGAAGUUACAGGACAUGUUCUUAUAUCACAUGUCGAUGUAAAGAAGAUAGUCUUACCAAAUUUGCAAAUAAUUCGAGGGAGGACACUGUUCAAACUGAAUGUAAAUCCUCAAGAAUUUGCCCUCUUGGUCAUUCUGUCCAAGAUGCAUACACUGGAGAUGCCGUUACUACGAGACAUUUUAGCGGGAAGCGUCGGGAUGUACAACAAUUACAACUUAUGCCAUAUGAAGACAAUAAACUGGACGGAAAUAAUAACGGGGCCAGGUUCAAAUUUCACAUACGUCUACAACUUUACAAACCCAGAAAGAGAAUGCCCGCCGUGCCACGAAUCGUGCGAAGCCGGCUGCUGGGGCGAAGGCCCGCAGAACUGCCAACAGUUUUCAAAACUGAACUGCAGCCCUCAGUGCUACCAAGGGCGCUGCUUCGGACCCAAGCCGAGAGAAUGCUGUCACCUGUUUUGCGCAGGCGGCUGCAGAGGCCCCAAACAAAGCGAUUGUUUGGCCUGUCGUAAUUUCUACGAUGACGGAGUUUGUACCCAGGAGUGCCCUGCAAUGCAAAGGUACAAUCCUAUCACCUACUCCUGGGAAACUAAUCCACUAGGAAAGUACGCUUACGGAGCUACAUGCGUCAAAAACUGCCCAGAGCAUCUUCUAAAAGAUAACGGAGCUUGUGUUCGGAGCUGUCCUCCUAAAAAAAAGGCUGUGAAUGGAGAAUGUGUGCCAUGUGAUGGCCCUUGUCCAAAAACCUGCGAAGGUUCUGUUAACUCAAGCUCUCCCCAAGGAAUGGUACACGCCGGCAACAUAAAUUCUUUCAAAGACUGCACUAUCAUCGAAGGUUCGUUGAUAAUCCUCGACCAGUCUUUCAAAGGUUUCCAGCAGUUCUACAGCGACUUCUCGUUCGGUCCUCACUAUCCCGAAAUGCACCCGGAUAAAUUGGAAGUGUUCAGCACUUUGAAGGAAGUUACCGGAUACAUCAAUAUACAGGGUUCUCACCCUGAUUUCACCAACCUUUCUUAUUUCAGAAACCUUGAAGUUAUCGGUGGACGUACGCUGACUGAAUACUUCGCUUCGCUCUACAUCGUGAAGACUUCGCUUAAAUCUCUUGGGCUGAGAUCGCUGAAAAAAAUCAACUCGGGUACCAUAGCUAUUUUAGAAAACAAAGACCUUUGCUUUUCACAAGGAGUAGACUGGUCAGAAAUCAAAAGAUCAGCCGAACAUGGGACACUUCUUCAAAACAACAAACCCGAAGCUGAUUGCAUAACUGAAGGACUUGUCUGUGAUCCUCAAUGCUCGUCUGAAGGAUGUUGGGGUCCUGGCCCUGAUCAAUGUCUCUCGUGUGCUAAUUACAGACUUGGGACCACUUGUCUGCAAGAUUGUGAUUUAGGGAUGUACAAGGCGACAAAUAAAGUUUGUAUGAAAUGCCAUGAAGAAUGUGCAUCUACAUGCCAUGGACCCGGGCCGGGAAAAUGUACCAGGUGUAAAAAUACUAGAGAUGGACCGUUCUGCGUACCUUCCUGUCCAGAUAGCAAGUACAACGCGAAUGGGGAAUGCAAGCCUUGUCAUACCAAUUGUGUGUACGGUUGUAAAGGACCUAACAACACCAUCGGCCCGGGCGGAUGCAAUUCUUGCGAUAAAGCAAUAAUCAACGGGGACAUUUCAGUCGAGCGAUGUCUGCAGAAAAAUGAGUCUUGCCCUGAAGGCUAUUACUACGAAUAUGUUGGGCCUCAAGAGCAGGAUGCUCUUUUGAAACCACUCGCCGGUAAAGCGAUCUGUAGAAAAUGUCAUCCGAGGUGUCGCAAGUGCACAGGUUACGGAUUCCACGAGCAGGUCUGUCAAGUUUGCAGCAACUAUAAACGGGGUGAACAGUGUGAGGAUGAAUGUCCAAAAGAUCACUACGCCGAUGAAUCAUCUCAACGGUGUGUUCCUUGCUCAAUGGAAUGCCGAGGUUGUACAGGGCCUACCAAUGCACAUUGCUUAAGAUGCAGAAACUACAAAAUAUUCACUGGAGAAAUAAAACCAGAUAACACCACAAGCUUCAACUGUACUGAAUCAUGCCCUCCAGAAGCUUCUCAUCGCGUCUUUCCAGAAAACGGCGAAGAGCCUUAUUGCUCUGUCGAUCCUGUUGGACCGCAUUUGGGAGAAGAACAAACGUCGGCGAUGUACUACAUGGCCAGUGGAAUAAUCGGUUCGUGCAUCCUCAUAGUCUUCUUGAUUGCCUUGGUGUACCAGUGCCGGUUAAGAAUAAAAGAGAAGAACGCCGCUAAAAUGUCAAUGAUGCUACAAGGCUUGGAGCCGCUGCAUCCAACAAAUGUAAAGCCGAACCUUGCCAAACUUAGAAUAGUAAAAGAGGCUGAAAUGAGAAGAGGGUGCGUUCUUGGAUACGGCGCAUUUGGAACUGUUUAUAGGGGUGUCUGGGUUCCUGAAGGUGAAAAUGUUAAAAUACCCGUUGCCAUUAAAGUGCUUAGAGAAAGAACUGGAGCGAAUACAAGCAAGGAAUUCUUGGAUGAAGCUUACAUAAUGGCAAGUGUCGAACAUCAGAACCUUCUUCAGUUAUUAGGCGUCUGCAUGACGUCCGAAAUGAUGCUAGUAACACAGCUAAUGCCUCUCGGAUGUCUUCUCGACUAUGUCAAGAACAACAAAGAAAGAAUAGGCUCGAAACCACUGUUGAACUGGUGUCACCAAAUUGCUAGAGGGAUGGCGUAUCUUGAAGAAAAACGGCUCGUCCAUAGAGAUCUCGCCGCUAGAAAUGUACUCGUACAAACUGCUAGCUGUGUUAAAAUUACAGACUUCGGUUUGGCAAAAUUGUUGGACAUCAACGAAGACGAGUAUAAAGCAGAAGGUGGCAAAAUGCCGAUUAAGUGGUUAGCGCCGGAAUGUAUUACAAUGAGAACAUUCACACAUAAAAGCGACGUUUGGGCUUUCGGCGUGACGAUUUGGGAGUUAUUGACAUACGGUGCAAGACCUUAUGAAAAUGUACCUGCAAGAGAAGUUCUUGAACUUCUUGAAAAAGGGGAGCGAUUACCACAACCCCACAUUUGUACAAUCGAUGUAUAUAUGUCUAUGAUUAAAUGCUGGAUGAAGGAUCCAGAGAGUAGGCCGAGUUUCAAGGAACUGACCGACGAGUAUGCAAAAAUGGCCAGAGAUCCUGGAAGAUACUUGGUCAUCCCUGGUGAUAAGUUGAUGCGACUUCCUUCUUACUCUUCUCAGGAAUGUGGGCAUGAUGAUAAGGAUCAAACAUCAGCAGAGGGAGACGAACCAGACGGAGAAGAAUAUUUACAGCCUAAAAGCAGAAUGGGAAUCGUCAACCCAUCUCCACAACCUGAGUCUCCUUCUCAAGUACAAUCGAGUUGGGAUACUCUUAAAUUUUCACAACCCCUUCGAUACUGCUCUGACCCAGUAGCUCUACGAGAUUGCGAGUUGGGGAUCGGAGACGAAUGUGCAGGAAUUAGAAGGGAAGCGCAUGUCGGUGAUCUCAAACUGGACCUUCCCCUUGAUGAGGAUGAUUAUUUGAUGCCGUCUCCUCAGCAAAGCCAGGCGACGACAGCUUACAUGGAUCUCAUCGGUGACUCCAAGUUGCCGGAACACUCCGAUAGAAACGGAAUGCUGAGCAAAUAUCCGGAUUUCAUUCCAGCACAGUCGGCAGUGGUCGAUAACCCGGAGUACCAUUUUGUAGUCGAUCAGACGCUGGGCAUCCCACACCCAGCACCUGUCCUUCCACACCAAAAGUCGUCGGAGGAAGAAUCCGAUCACGAAUACUACAACGAUUUUGACAGACUGAAAAGAGAACUUCAGCCACUGAGAAGAAACGAGACGACAGUGUAAAAAGUGCGACAAAGUACGUUCAAAAAAACGAAUAUACUUUAUAUUUUGAACGGUUGACUUCGUGUUGUACCAACCUGUAAAGCUAAUUAAUUUAUAUAAAUAUGUGUAAAUACAGACUUGUUUUGAAAACAAGAUUUUUUUCACAUCCAGUAAAGUUAAACUCGUAUAGAGAAAAAAAUGUAUAUAACUAUAGUUGGCCAUAUUCCAAACUUGCAAUAUGUUGAAAAUGAUGUACAAAUUAUUUAACACCUGUAUUACAGUUUUGACUGAUAUUUUACAUAUGUAGUUUGUAAAGGAAAUGCCAUUUUUUUUAUACAAAAAUAAGUAUUGUUUGUAAUAAUUUGUAUAUUUUUGGUGAAUUCCGGCAAUAGAUGAAAGGUGUUGACAAAAAUGUGCCAUUUUACGUGUGGCUUUAUUUUAUUUUAUUAAUUUUUUUUUUUAAAUAUUUGUAUUAGCACUAGUACAAGAAUUAAUACGAAUUGGUACAAUUGCCACUAUUUCUUAAUAAAUAUGUAAAAUGUACUUAUUAUUAUUUCUUUUUACUUAUUAAAAGAUAUUUCGGUGAAUUUAUCAGAGGAGGAUCAUUUAAAUUUUAUUUUUCGUACAGACAAAAAAAUUUUAAACAUGAAAUAAUGUUCUCCUCGUUGUAAUUCAUCGAUAACACAAAAAGACUGUGAUAAUGUAAUAUAAUUUUUUUGCUCUUUUUAAGCCAUUGGUCAAGACCAAGAAUUCAGUGCCUGUUAACAUGCAAUAUUAACUAGUUAGGAAGCGUUAAAUACCCAAGACACUUCCGAUGAAAUGUUUUACUGUAAUGAACUAGUAAAAUGUAAUGAGUUCUAAUUGUAAUUACUUUUUUUUUUAACAUGAACGUUAUGUAAAUUAUAUAUUUUUCAAACUUGUUUAAUAAAUUAUGUUGUGUAUU